AUGGCACCAAUCAUAUGUGACAGUAUCAGGUGUGAGAGUGACCAGCUGUAUGUGUGUGAACUAGCUAGGGAGACACGAGGUGUCCAAGCUUACACAAGACACUGUACGCGAGACACUACGGACCGAGCGUCAUCGGCGGAUCACGCUCGGUCCAACACAUUACAAGGAGUGGCGCGAGUGGUGGCGAGUGGUGGCGAGUGGUGGCGAGUGGUGGCGGUGAGUCCUUACUGUGCGGCGGGAGGCGCCGGUUCGUACUUGCGCGGGCGGCCGCGGCUCAGAUGUCGCCUCUUCACGAACUCGGCGUCGUCGACCAUCCAGAACGAGCCGAAGUCGUCCUCGUACCGCACGAAACAUUUGUGCAGAGACAGGUUCGUCCGGAUCGCGUUCUAUAAUUCAUUGGCUUAUAAAGAUCGUCGUGGAAUCGUGCGGGGGCCCAAGACAUCCCGGGACCUGGCGGACGGGACGGGGAGGGGGCGGGGCGGGAGGGGAGGCAGGCGGGGGAGGCAAGCGUUAUAUCCUCGCUCCGGAGUCCACGGACACACACACAACCAACCCUAA